UGGAAACUAGGCAAGGGCAAGACCGUCUUUUCGAUUUUCUCAAAACAGUCACGGGCGGCCCUAAAAAUCGCUCAACAAACCCUCCCUCACAUACACCUCUACGCUAUAAAUUCACCUUCAGCCCCUCCUUCAAUCCACACGCAACUCUUUCUCAUUACGUUCUGCUCGGCGCCUCUUCCUUCUUCUCUCUUCAUUGUUCACUCGUCUUGAUUUUUAGGGUUUUACUUGGUAAAGUGAUUCCUCUUCUGCUCCUAAUAUAUUGUCUGCCUUUUGGCUAUUGGAUGAUUUAAGGUCUUUACAGCGUAAUUCGUUGCGGCAUCUUAAACGAUCAAUCUAAUCAGGGCUGAAUGAACUAAUGGAGUCUAAAGGUGGGAAAAAGAAGUCUAGUAGUAGUAGUAGUAGUAAAUCAUUGUUCUACGAAGCUCCCCUCGGCUACAGCAUUGAAGACAUUCGACCAAACGGUGGCAUCAAGAAAUUCAGAUCUGCUGCUUACUCCAACUGCGCUCGCAAGCCAUCCUGAUACCUCCCUGGAUUGAUAGUUCAUUGCAUGCAAGCAGUGUUUUAUUAGUUUUUUUUUUGUUUUGUUUUCGAUUAGGUUUUCACUACUCUCCUUCAAACUCCAUCUUUCCAAUUGCUCUCUUUGAGAUACUCUGUGCCGUUUCCUAUUGCGUUCGUUCCUCUCCUGAAAGACGACCAUGGCAGUUUCUGCAAUAGGUUUUGAAGGUUAUGAAAAGAGGUUGGAAAUAUGCUUUUCCCAACCAGGAAUGUUUGCUGACCCUGAAGGAAGGGGUUUAAGAGUUCUUACGAAAUCCCAGUUGGAUGAGAUCCUAACACCAGCUGCUUGCACCAUAGUCUCUUCGCUCUCAAAUGAUGAUGUUGACUCCUAUGUACUGUCGGAGUCCAGUCUCUUUGUUUAUGCGUACAAGAUCAUCAUCAAAACCUGUGGGACUACAAAGUUACUUCUUGCAAUCCCGCCCAUACUGAAGUUCGCUGGUAUGCUUUCUCUUAAAGUUAGAUCUGUAACCUAUACCAGAGGAAGUUUCAUUUUUCCUGGUGCUCAGCCAUAUCCCCAUCGCUGCUUUACUGAGGAAGUAGCUAUCCUUAAUGACUACUUUGGGAAACUUGGAUUAGGCAGCAUGGCUUAUAUCAUGGGUAGUCCAGACAAAAAGCAGAAAUGGCAUAUCUUCUCUGCAUAUACUGAUUCUCUAAUGUCAUCUGAUAACAACGAUAUUUAUUCUCUAGAGAUGUGUAUGACGGGCCUGGAUAGAGAGAAAGCACAAAUUUUCUACAAAGAACAAUCUGCUUCAGCUGCCAUGAUGACUGUUAAUUCUGGCAUUAGAAAGAUUCUCCCGAAUUCUGAGAUAUGCGAUUUCGACUUUGAGCCAUGUGGUUAUUCAAUGAAUUCUGUUGAAGGGGGUGCUGUUUCUACCAUUCAUAUUACUCCAGAAGAUGGAUUCAGUUAUGCAAGCUUUGAGACCGUGGGCUACGACUUUAAAGUUGUGAACCUGAACGAGUUGGUUGGCAGGGUAUUGUCAUGUUUCCUUCCAAACGAAUUUUCUCUAGCUAUUCACGUGGAUGGUGCAAGCAAGCCCUUGGAAAAUAUGUUUUUUGUGGAUGUGAAGGGAUACUAUCGUGAAGAGUGGAGCCACGAAGGGCUUGGAAUGGGUGGUUUUGUUGUCUUCCAAAGAUUCGUGAAGAUUGGUGACUGUGUUUCACCUAGAUCAACUCUGAAGUGCUGGAAAGAUGAAGUUGAAGAAGAGUAGUUUAAGUGUGGUUAUGAACCUUUGUCUUUGUAAUAAGUCUGGUUUUCCAGACACGUUAUUAGUUUCUGGUAUUUUCAUAUUAUUGUCUCCUGCUGUUUGUUUCUGUUAAUUGUGGUGUUCCGGCGUUUGUUAGUUCUAUUUCCAUUUGAACGUUUCAAUUGUGUAAUAAAAUGAAGCACUUGCUUUA